AUGGCGGUCAUCAGCUUUGUUUUUAUUUUGACGUUCCUUCUGGUUUUCAACGUCUCUGAAAACGGUCGGUCCUUACAACCUGGCGCUCUUCACCGAGACAAAAACCUACAGAUUAUGUAUGGUAACUUUAAAGCUACACUUCAUAAGCAUCUUUCCGCAACAGUAAUCGCAACUAUCCUAACUAAGGACGAAUUUCUAUGCUCGUUCAAAUGCAUCACUAAAAACGAAUGUUUCUCGUACAACUUGGCAACAUAUCCAGAUAAUGGUUUCUACAUUUGUGAAUUGCUGGACACAGACAAAUACAGAGCCAGAAAAGAACUGAAAGUGAGUUCUUCUUUUCACCAUUUCAGUCCAGUGUCAUUAUGUGAAAGCAGCCCGUGUCAAAAUGAUGGAACUUGCAUUCCCGACUUUGAACAAAACUCUCAUCAAUGUGACUGUAAAGCAGGAUUUGCAGGAGUUCACUGUGAAGCUUGCAAGUUUGACUUUGAAGAUGGCAUCAUGGGCUGGAUAAAGACAGGAACAGCAUUCGAUAAUCAGCCGACUUUUGGCGACAACCCAACGGCUCGUAACAGAGGUCAACCCUCUAAUCACCAGGGUGAUUGGUGGAUUGGUGGAAGUGAAGAUCGGCCAACCAUAGGAACACCGGCAGGACAAGUACAAGGAGAUGGACCCCAGGGAACUCUGGCCACGCCUUCCUUUAUUAUCAUCGGUCAUCUUAUUUCUUUUUUGAUUGGGGGAGGCUGCGAUAUUAAUGUUGUUCGUGCGGAGUUAAUCGUUGACAAUCAGGUUGUGAAACAAAGCACCGGAAGAUGUAUCGAAACCUUGACUCAAGGGACAUGGCAUGUACAAGAAUUUUUGGGAAAGCGUGCUUUCGUUAAGCUGAUUGACAUCAGCUCUGGAGCCUGGGGCCACAUUAACUUUGAUGACCUUAAAGGGAAUAUAAGCUGUGGACAAGUAUAA